GUGAACACUACGGUCGGAAAAUGGCGCCCAGCUCGAAAUCAGAAAAGGACGGUAACAAACAAACGCAGAGAAAACACAAAGAACAUGUCGUCAAGCUUCUGAACCGUGGAAAGUUGUCUGGCCAGUAUUCUCAGCGCUUGUUCAGGAAACUACCACCGCGCGUCUGUGUUCCCCUGAAGAACAUAGUCAGCGAGGAGUUCCUCAGAGCAGGACACAUCUUCCUGGGGUUCACUAAGUGUGGUCGUUACGUGCUGUCCUACACCAGUGACUGUGGAGAGGACGAUGACUUCUCCUUCUACACCUAUCACCUCUACUGGUGGGAGUUCAACCUACACAGCAGACUCAAACAGGUGCACCAUGUGCGUCUGUUUACAGGUGAGGACAUCUACAGUGAUCUCUACCUGACAGUGUGUGAGUGGCCCAACGACCACUCCAAGAUCGUCAUCUUUGGCUUCAAUACUCGUAGCUCCAGCUCAGUGUUGAUGAACCUGAUGAUGAGUGAUGAGAACAACAGAGAUAUCUACAUCACCAUCGCCUCCAUGCCUCCUCUCAGACCCUGCUCUCAAUGCUGCCCUCCAAACACCUCUACCAUACGCACAGGUAGUGGAGAGUGUCUGGAACAUGGCUAUAUGUUGAACAGUAGUGGAGAGUGUCUAGAACAUGGGUGUCAAACUCUGUAA